AAACUAAUUAUCACAAGAUGUCUUAUCCUCCUCCAUCCAUUUCCCCUUCACUCAACUUGUUCACACUUAAAAAGACCCAAAUUCAGAUAAAAGAAAACAUUACAAACCCCACAAAACUCCUUAUACUCAAUGUUCAAUCUGCUUAGCACUCUAUUUACAUGAGGUGAGUUAUUGAGAUUUCUAUUUAUAACAUAUUCACUUCUUCAUGUCGGAAUGUCUCCACAGUCCAGAAAUUUGUGAAUUGCUUCGUACAAGAACACGUUGGUCAUUUAAUGAUUGAAUGUGGUUCUUCGUUGACUUUUCACUUAUAUUACAUGUACCUUAACUUGCCUUGCCAUCACCAUUUAGCUAUUGCAUUUAUUUUUUUUCGUUGCUGGUCAUAUGUAUGGAACCAAUUUUGGGAUUGGACACAGUAUGGACACAGUAUGAAAGAUCUUUUAAAUGCACAUAUCCCCAAUGUGGGUGGGAGGUUGAAAACUGACAUGGAAGUCAGGGUGAGACGGAAUAAAUCAAGUGCUUAAUAUGUUUUUGAGUAUGUAGAUAAGUAUUAAAGGGUAGCUUUGGAUAGUUUUAUUGAAAUCUCAUUGCUGAAACAACUGAAGUACAACCUCUGAUAAUAAGAGCAAAGUGAAUCAUUGCUGAAAUAGCUGAAGCACAGUGCUCGAAUAAUAAGAGCAAACUGAAUGCAUGAAUUUGACUGGGCAUUGGUUUAUUAAAGCCUAGUUUCAGGACAAUAUCAUUAUGAAUCCAACAAUGUGGUUCUCUGUUAACCUCAAAACCCCAACUAAAAUAACCUCAUUUAAAUACCAAAGUCCCCGAUGGAUUCAGAUCUGCUAUGUCUUUGGUUUGGAGCUCAUCCACAGAACAAGGAAAAGAAAAACUUACUCUCUUUCGUGGGUUUCAUCAAAAGCUUUUGGUUCCAUGAAAGUUAGUCCCUUGACCUUAGAAUGAUCACCCUAAUCUUAAUGCAACCUCUCAGAUUAUUGUAACAAGCUUUGGGCUAUUGGAGACUAAUUAACUGAUCUAUAUUUGGAGCAGGCUUGUAAGUGUUAGGAAAUGGAGUGUAGCUUUUGAUUGCUAAUGAGUUUGGUUUAAGAGGGGUGUCGGCUUCGCAGCUUUUGAAUUUGUUAAUUAUAAUUUUUUUGUUGCUAGAGGUUGGAUUUGGUGGUCUUCCAGUUGAAUAAUGGCGCUUGUCCCUCAGUCAAACUUUCUGGCCAAUCAUGAAACCAUCAGAUGUCAUGUUGGGUCAAAGCUUCACAGUCAUAAAAGAUUUAGCUGGGAUAGGGCAGAUUACUCUGGUAGUAUAGUCAUAGUGAAAAUUUGUUCCAGCAGACAGAUACCUACUUGCUUGCAGAAAUCCCCUAGAAUAUGCUGUGGUUUGGAUUCGAGAGGUCUGCAACUGUCAUCACAGGGGAAACAAAAUCUAUCGUCUGCACAUAGCAUUAACCAGAAUGUACCUAAGGGAAAUACAAUAUGCAAAUUUCCGGAAGAUGUAGCUUUGAUGGUGCGGAAGAAAUGGGGCCAAUUGGCCAAAUCAGCAGCUUUAACUAUAUUCAUUUUGUCAGUUACUUCAAAGGCUGAUGCCGUUGAUGCUCUCAAAACUUGUACUUGCUUGCUAAAAGAGUGCAGGAUAGAGCUUGCGAAGUGCAUCGCAAACCCUGCAUGUGCAGCUAAUGUUGCCUGUCUCCAAACUUGCAACAAUAGACCUGAUGAAACGGAAUGUCAGAUAAAAUGUGGUGAUUUGUUUGAAAACAGUGUUGUAGAUGAGUUCAAUGAGUGUGCAGUCUCCCGGAAGAAAUGCGUACCACGUAAAUCUGAUGUCGGUGACUUCCCUGUACCUAAUCCCAGUGUUCUUGUCCAAAAGUUUGACAUGAAAGAUUUUAGUGGAAAAUGGUUCAUCACUCGUGGUUUAAAUCCCACAUUUGAUGUUUUUGAUUGUCAAUUGCAUGAGUUCCAUACAGAAGAAAACAAACUUGUGGGAAAUCUUACUUGGAGAAUACGGACACCUGAUGGGGGAUUUUUCACUCGAUCAGCAAUGCAGAAAUUCGUUCAAGAUCCGAAGUAUCCAGGGAUACUCUACAAUCAUGAUAAUGACUAUCUUCACUACCAAGAUGACUGGUAUAUUUUGUCAUCCAAAGUAGAAAACAGUCCAGAUGACUACAUAUUUGUGUACUACAAGGGCCGAAAUGAUGCAUGGGAUGGAUACGGUGGUGCUGUACUUUAUACAAGAAGCGCAGUUUUGCCUGAAAGCAUUAUACCUGAGUUGCAAACUGCAGCUCAAAAAGUUGGCCGUGAUUUCAACACGUUCAUAAAAACAGACAAUACUUGUGGCCCUGAACCACCCUUUGUUGAGAGGUUGGAGAAGAAAGUGGAAGAAGGAGAGAGGACAAUCAUAAAAGAAGUCGAGGAGAUAGAAGAACAAGUUGAGAAGGUGAGGGAUAAAGAAGUCAGCUUAUUCAGUAGACUGUUAGAAGGUUUCAAAGAGCUGCAACAAGAUGAAGAAAACUUCAUUCGAGAGCUGAGCAAAGAAGAGAUGGAUAUUUUGAAUGGACUUAAAAUGGAAGCAACUGAAGUAGAAAAACUCUUUGGGCGUGCAUUACCAAUAAGGAAAUUGAGGUAGAUAUUGUUUAAAGAGCAAAUAUCAUUUAAGCUAUAGAAACUAUCAGACAUUCUGAAUGUAUAGCUCGUACCAUAUAUAAAACUAUAUUUUUUCUUUAAAA